AUGGAAAUUUGUACUGGACAGCUUAUAAUUCCAAAACUGGUCAGUAUUUCAUCCAAAUGGCUCGAUUUUUCCAAAGAGACAUUAAAGAUGUUCUGUAUUCUACCAUGUAAGGCGAAGAAAAGUACUACUCAUACUCGUAUCCUCUCUAUUUACAAAGGAGAUCGGUUUUCAGUGAUGGAACAAUGCAAAAGAACAAGGGAGAUUGAGAUUUGGGUGACAAAGAAUAAAAUUGGUAAUGGGGAUGAUGGAAACGAUGUUGUGUGGAUUAAGUUCAUGACUGUCUCAAUACCUAACUUCCCCAUGGUACUUUGUCAUAAUUCUACAAGUUACUUCGUCGAUGAUAGUAUCUCUGGGAAGAGCUUCGUUUUAUGUUUUUCUACCAAGAAACCUAAACAAGCUUGGGUCUAUAUUGUGAGGGGAGAUCUGUGCAAAAAGAUUAAGAUAGAUGAAGUUGUAUGUACGUUCCAAUCCUGUGCCUAUGUUCCCAGUUUGAUCUCCAUUCCUUGA